UGUGCAGUUGCUCAGCUAUGGCCUGCCUGCUCCGGGCUGCUACCCGGGGGCUAGUCCCCUGGAGGAGCUACUGCUCCAAGGGGAUGCAGAGAGAACUCAGCAAAGGCUUUGUAGAGGCUCUGAGGGAAAUCGUGGGGCACUCCAACGUGUCUACUGCUGUUGCUGCCCGAGAGCAGCACGGGCAUGAUGAGUCAAUGCACAGGUGCCAACCUCCAGAUGCCGUGGUGUGGCCCCAGAAUUCGGAACAGGUCAGCCAGCUGGCAGCCCUAUGCUAUAACCACGGUGUGCCCAUCAUCCCAUUUGGCACCGGCACCGGGCUUGAGGGUGGAGUCUGUGCUGUGCAGGGUGGUGUCUGCGUCAACUUGACCCGCAUGGGCCGAAUCCUGGAGCUGAAUCCAGAAGACUUCUCUGUGGUGGUGGAGCCCGGUGUCACCCGCAAAGCUCUCAACACCUACCUGCGGGACAGCGGCCUCUGGUUUCCUGUGGACCCGGGUGCGGACGCCUCUCUCUGCGGCAUGGCGGCCACCUCGGCCUCGGGCACCAACGCUGUGCGCUAUGGCACCAUGCGGGACAAUGUCCUGAACCUGGAGGUGGUGCUGCCAGACGGGCGCCUGCUCCACACUGCGGGCCCAGGCCGUCACUUCCGGAAGAGCGCCGCUGGCUACAACCUUACUGGACUCUUUGUGGGCUCCGAGGGGACCCUAGGACUCAUCACAGCUGCCACCCUGCGCCUGCACCCUGCCCCCGAGGCCACCGUGGUCGCCACCUGUGCAUUCCCCAGUGUCCAGGCAGCCGUGGACAGCACCGUACACAUUCUCCAGGCUGCAGUGCCCGUGGCCCGCAUUGAGUUCUUAGAUGAUGUCAUGAUGGACGCCUGCAACAAGUAUAGCAAGCUGAACUGCUCCGUGGCGCCCACGCUCUUCCUGGAGUUCCAUGGUUCGCAGCAGGUGCUAAGCGAGCAGCUGAAGCGGACAGAAGAGAUUACCCAGCACAAUGGAGCCUUCCAUUUCUCCUGGGCCAAGGAGGCUGAGGAACGAAGCCGGCUCUGGACAGCAAGGCACAACGCCUGGUACUCGACCCUGGCCCUGCGGCCCGGCAGCAAAGGCUAUUCCACUGAUGUGUGUGUACCCAUCUCCCGGCUGCCAGAGAUCCUGGUGCAGGCCAAGGAGGACCUGAAGGCCUCUGGAAUUAUAGGAACCAUCGUUGGGCAUGUUGGCGAUGGCAAUUUCCAUUGCAUCCUGCUGGUAGACCCAGAGGAUGCUGAGGAGCUCCACAGGGUUGAGGCCUUUGCAAAACGGCUGGGCAGGCGGGCACUGGCACUCCAUGGGACGUGUACUGGGGAGCAUGGCAUCGGGCUGGGCAAGCAGCAGCUGCUGCAGGAGGAGGUGGGCGCUGUAGGCGUGGCGACCAUGCGGCAGCUCAAAGCCAUGCUGGAUCCCCGAGGCCUCAUGAACCCAGGCAAGGUGCUGUGAGGAGUUCUGAGCACUUGGACAAUGUUCCAGACAAAGCUAUUUUUGCCACCACUCAGGAUCUGUGCACCCCAGGGCCUGCUCAAGGCUUGGACCAGUCACUCCACCAGGGUACUUGGCAGUUGUUCCCCCUAAACCCACAAGAGGGCGCCCGGCACCACAAAACUCAAGACACCGCAGCAUCUGCUCUGGCCAAUGACUCCUGGGCCUGGGUGCACGUCUGUCCAUGGCAUGCAGAUCUUAGCCCCAACGCCCACUUCCCAAAGCUGGGGAGAGGCCUGGCAUUCUGGGAGUCAAUCUGCCCUCCGGCAGGCUCCAGGAACCUAUCACGCAGGCUCAUUUCCCUCAUACCCAGCCUCUGCUCCUGGCAGAGGAGAGGCACUGGGUGGCACUGCAGGGGAGCCAGCAGUACCUCCAUCUGGCCUCAUGCCCAUUCCCCCAGCCACCUCCCAGGUCCUCCCAGCCCACCCUCUUAGCCCCUCCACAUCUCUUGCCACCAGCUGUAUCAGCCUGGGAAGAGAGAGCCCUCUGCGGAACCCCUGCAUUUAAAGAUUGAGCCUUGAGGACAGUCCUCUGGGGAACACGUUUCUACCCACCCCCUCCCCGCCAGAUGCCUGAACAUAACCAGUAGCUGUGCCAAGGGGUGGCAUGGGGUAGUUCUCACCAACUCCCUCCCCAACUCCCCCAAUCAUGACCCAUCUGGCUGUCCCCAGCUCUCCAGGGCCUGCCCUUCCACAGGGCCUGCCUCCCAGGGGAGAGCUGUGGAGGCAGGUUCUCCCCUCCUAGGCAGGGUUCUCCUCCAUGCCCCCUCCAAUGCCUGGCAACUAGUAGGCGCUCAGCAAAUGGCCAUUUCCCCACAAUUUUUUAUUAGGAAAAAUUCCAGACAUACAGAAUUGAAAGAACAAGUACACUCACUGUUCACUGAAAUACCAGCUACUGAAGAUUUAACAAUGAAUAGU